AUGGCGCGCCGUCUUUUCGCCUGUUUCUGCGUCAAAAAAUCUUCAUCCUCCACCACUAAACCCGUCUCCGGCAACAAUUCCGCCGCCGUCUCGGCAGAUGUUCCCGCCGGUGACGGACCCGUUCUCGUCCAGCUAUUCUCCUCGCAGGGAUGCAAAACGUCUCCGGCGGCGGAGAUGCUCAUGUCCCGUCUCGGUCGAGGCGAUUUCGACUCCCAGAUCCGUGGCGGAGACGGUGGUGGAUCUGGGUCUCCGGCGAUGGUUUUGGUCUUCCACGUCGAUUAUUGGGACUACAAGGGUUGGAAAGAUCCGUACGGAUCUAGCCAAUGGACGGUGAGGCAAAAGGCGUACGUAGAGGCCUUGAAUCUUGACACCAUGUUCACUCCGCAGCUUGUAAUCCAAGGCCGUUCUCAAUUGAUCGGAAACGAGGAAGAGACGCUUCUCAAAUCCAUCUCCGAAGCGCCUAGGUUUCCUUCUCCAGCGUUCCGGGCGACUUUCCAAAGACCAACCUCAGAAACAUUGCAAGUAUCACUCACGGGAGCAUUAAGAAUGAAAGUGGAUGGAAAUGGAAUGGACAUAAUGGUGGCGAUAUACGAAAACGGGCUAGUGAAAGACUGUGCGAGAGGAGAGAACGAAGGAAGAAUGUUGUCGAAUGACUACGUUGUAAGAAAGAUGGAGAAGAUGUGCACUGUGAAAGACAUAACACGGAAGAAAUCAGUGUCGGGGACUGCUCAUUUCACGCUAUGGGAUGGAUUCAACAGCAACAAAUGUGGAGUUGCCGUCUUUCUUCAGAACUCGUCUCUUCAGGUUUUUAGCACGCAGAGUUUUAAGUUGCCUGAUGAGAUUUGA